AUGCCGCUGCCACUGCGCGUUGAACGCUUUAAUGAUCAUGGGCGUCACCCAAAUAAGCUAAUUGCCUUCAUCAAGCAACGACAGACCGCGUCUCCUGCAGACCAGAAAAAAGCUCUCGACUUGCUUAAUCGCGUUGCUGCGUUUGUCUAUCCUAUCAUGAAGGCGAAUGGCCUACAAGUUACGUCCCUGGAAGAGCAUGAGUUCAAUCCCGAGUAUGCGGGCAUCAACUAUAACGCUGGUGAAUGCAUUGGACUGGUUCUACGUACAAAGUCUGGUCAAUGGAUGCCCGAGAGUUUCGUUGUGAGCGUCAUGCUACAUGAGCUUUCGCAUGUGACGAAUAUGCAUCACGCGCGGCCGUUCUGGCAGCAACUGAACAAGUAUCAAGCUGAUAGUGCUAGACUUCGCGCUAAAGGAUACACCGGCGAAGGUUUCUGGGGCCAAGGAAAUGUCCUCGGCUCAGGAGAGCUUCAAGGCCUAGGUGGUAUCGGACAAGGCGAAGACCUCCCUCGUACUAUCUGCGGAGGAUCCAGAAAACGAAGAGUCUAUCGAAGGAAGACAACGACAGGCAAGCGAAAGCGAGGAAAGCAGUUUGGUGAAGGCGGUGCCAAGUUGGGUGGCGAUACAGACUUGCGCAACAUGCUCGAUGGUGGCAAGAGCAAAGCCACUCCGCGUGUCGUCAACUCGAAGCGAGGUAAGGAGCUGAGAGCCAGUGCUGCUGAGAUGAGGUUUUCCCAGCAGGUGAGCAAGUCUGUUGACGAUCACGUCAAGAAUGAAGGCAAGGAAGAGGACGAGAGCAGUGACGAGGAAGUCACAGAGGUGUCUGCGUACACCAUGGACGAUGAAGACUCGGAGAAUAAGGAUCUACUGGAGAAGGAGAUGGCAGACUUGCUUGGCAAUAGGAAAAUGACGCAAGCUCAGUGA